GGGCUUGUUGCCGCCCUGAUCGCGGUGGGAACGAGCCAGCCACCCCCGGGAAGCGGACCUGCGCCUGCCGUGGCUCGCCUUCGUUCGUCGUUUCACGUCCAGGGCCGGUGCAGCGUUCGAGUGACAGAUCGAGCCAACAUGAGACGCCGGGGCCAGUGACAAUGGAUCGAGCGAACGACGCACCUCCAGGCCCCGUGGACGGCAACGCAGCGCACAGCUGCCACCCUGCCUUCUUCUUCUAGCACGGCCGUGCCUUGAGCGACCUCCCGGGGGACACCCUCCGAGAACGCAACUGGGAGCACCGGAACGCCUUUACGAAUCGUCGGCGCGCACAUAUAUACAAAACCGAAAAGGCGGGGAGAAGAGAUUCUCUCCCUAAGCAGAAACGGAAGUACGUCACUCUGAGAGACGGAGGUAGGCACUUUACGACGUCGACAUACGCAAGCCUGAAGCUCGAAAGGUUGUGAGAGAAACUUCGACGAAUCUUCCCGCCGGCUAGUGUUUGACGGAGCUGCGGAAACAAAACGAGCUUCGCAGAGAGAGGGAGAGAGGGAGAGAGAAAAAAGAAACGAACGAGAAACUUCACUACCUGGGCACCCGCCCACCUGUCGCUGAUCGAUCUCGAGUGUUCUCAAGUCGGUCGUUCCGUGUAUGAGUGUGUGUGAAUUGUGCGCGAAGUGUAUCGGGAGAAAAGCCCGAAGAGCCGCUGCGAGGUCCACGGGGGGAUCUAACGGCCAGACGCGCAGUUCGCCAGGUAUCAGUGUCAAUUCUAUCUGCAGCGUGGAUACGAAAAUCCCCUUCCCACUGGUCUUCGUCUCCGAGUAGCUUGACCCUCCAAAAGUGCCGAUUGUGUAGCGAAACGGAAGGACAUUCCGAGGAGUGUCGCCAAGACACGUCGUGACCGAAGGGAUUGUGCCUCUUCAAGCGCCCUGCUAGCGCCGUCCUGCUGAGUGCGGGCCCUUACCGAAGCGACUCCUUCUGAGUGUAGCCUCUUGCUGAGGCGAUUCCUGCUGCGUGUGUCUCUUGCUGAAUGGAUUUCUGCCGGGUGUGUUCCCUCUUUACAGCAGUUCCUCCAGAGUUUCACCUCUGUUGAAUGAAUUCCUGCUCUGUUUGGGCCCUCCUGCUGAAUGUAAGCCAUUGUGAAGCGACUCCUUCUAAGUGUGGUCCUUGCUGAGUGGGUUUCUGCCGAGUGCUCUCCCUUGAGGAAGCAAUUCCUAGUGAGUGCGGACCCUUGCUGAAGCGAUUCCUGCUGAGUGCGGGCCCUUACCGGGUGCGGGCUCUUGCUGAGUGCGGGAAGUUGUCUGUGCCGGUGGUCUCCUCGUGAGCGAGUCUAGCCAGGAGGUGGUGGUGCUCGAGUGCGCGUCGAGGGCACGACCCGCUCCGACGGCCGUGCCAGAGUGCCGCGGAGGCCCCGGCCAUGGCGACCAGCGUCGAGGUCAGCAGGAAGGCGCGCUGUGGCCCCGCGCCGCCAGAAUGCACCUGGCGGGCCGCUUCUUCAUGACGCCCGGAGUGGCCCGGGGGCCGCCGGAAAGAGGCAUGGAUCUGGACCUGAGUCAGCUGACCCUGGCCGAGAAAGAGGCCAUCCUGCGCGUCAUCAAGCGCGACGAGGCCCUGCGAAAGAUGGAGGAACGGCGCAUCCUACACCUGAAGGCGGAGUUGCAGCGUCUCCGCAAGCGAGGCGCCCUGCGACCGGGCCUGGACCCGGCGCGCAGCUGUGCCCGCUGCCUGGCUGCCCUGGGCCGCAUCCUGAACAGGGGGGCCCCGUGCCCGGCCUGCCGAAAGAAGGUCUGCAGGGACUGCCGGCUCUUCGAACCGGGCGCCGCCGAAGGCUCGGACCAGUGGCUCUGCGUCGUCUGCCACAAACAGAUGGAGCUCAAGGCAACGUCCGGCCAAUGGAUGCAGGACCUGUGCCGCAGGUCGAGCCGACGCCGGAAGUUGAACGGACCGCCCGUGACAGACCUUCUGGGCCGGGCCCUGGAGUGUUCCAGGGACUGCCAGCCGUCACAAGAGCGUGGAUCUCCAGGAAGGGCACGUGACGCCCCCGACUCCUACUACCCGAGACCCCCCGCCCCCUUCGGUGCUACCGCCGCCGCAUCUUCGUCGCACCCGGACUCGCCGCAGUCCUUGCUCACAGCGCAGGACAGCCUGUCCUCCGAAGUGGCCGACUCGGCCGACGACUCGGCCAGCUGCUCAGCGUCCAAGCCAACCGCCGCCUCCGAGCGGACGUCGGCGUCUUCUACGCCGCCCACCGCCCACCUGUCCCCUACGGGAGCCCGCUGGGCGCCGCUCAGGGGACCCCUCAGAGCGCCUCUGCGGAAACUGCCCCGUCAGGGCUCCCUGUCUUCGUCCAGCGACAGCCUCUCCGCUGAGCCCCGGACCAAGGAGGCGCUCGAAGAGUCGCCGCCAGUGCCGUUCCCCAGGACGAAGCGGCAGAGCCCGCAGCGCCAGGCCAAAGUCCAGGAGAAGUCCGCCGAAUGCGAGCCGCAGCAUCAGCGUCUUCCAGAGCCCAAGGCGCCCGUGGCGGCGUCCCUGUCGGCGCCCGCGUCCCCGGCAUUUAGGGCCCGCGCCCGGAGUGCCUUGACGGUGACGUACAGCAGUCCACCGUGCGUCCAGGACGGACCACCCCGAGCUUCGAUGAACGGUGGCGAGCGCCCAGCGCCCGUCCGCAAGGCGACGGCACCCGAACUGACCGGACUGGAGAGGGCCAAGGAGGUGGCCUUCCGGAGGGUCACCCUCAGCAAGGUCAGGAUGGACAGCAAUGAUGGCGACGUCAUGGACCGAGCAGCCUGCGAGUCCCUCCCUUGCACCCCCACUGACCCCGACGACAGUCCCCCAUUCCCCAUCCUGCCCCCUCCGCUUGUCUUUGACGACUUUCUCUUUUCUCGCGACGCGCACGGCGACCCUAACCACGCGACGCUAACCGGCGAACCUCUUUCCGUUCCCACUAACGCUCCGAGUCCACCGUGCUCGCCGCUGGCCCGGCGCCUGGACCAGCUGCGACGGAGGUCCUUCCGCAUCCGAGACUUGCUCAAGAACUCGGACUCCGAGCUGCCGUCUCGACCCGCCAGCCAGAACAGCUACGACAGCCGGCUCUGGCAGUUCGAGGACUCUGACUGCGAGGUGAAGCUCAAGGACCGUUCCCCGGACGACUACAAGCUGGUGUUCAUCAGUUCGGACUCGUCGGAGGAAGACUCCGAAGCCGAAGCGUCUCGCGUAUGGCUCCUGCUACGGUCCAGACUCGCGCUGGGGCCGGAGGGCUCCGUGUACGUCGAGGAUACGUCUGACUGGGAGUUCGCGUCCGACGAGGACGAUUGGGCGCUGUCCUGCUCGUCGGACGGAGGUUCUGACUCGUACGUUGCCGGCGGUGGGGCGCCCUGUUGUGCGGCGGAGGAGCGGCAAGGCGUCGGCGCGGGACCGCAGGUGGUCGACCCCGAGCAAAGGUCGCCCGAGGAGGCGAGAGGCGAGAAAGGGCUCGGCGAAAGGGGCGCCGCCGGCAGAAUGGGAGGACGCGUCGGCCCAGAAGGGACGCCCAGUGACGACGACGACCAAGACCCAACCUGUUUCUCGGCCGUCGUUGCUAUUCUGGCAGAGCAGCGGGUGCCGGACAAUCGUCGGGACGAGUCUCUACCGGCUAAUCUGCACGCCGUACGCGGCGGCGGGACGGCCGGCGUAGGAGAACCGGGCCAAGAAGUUUGCCCCGCUGCUGGCUUGGCCGCUGCUCCACCUGUCGUUGACUCAGCGGCGCCGGAAGCGGGAGAGGGCAGCGGCGCCGACGACGACGCCAUCGCGGGACGGCCGAGAGACUCGCUCGCUCGGGACGAUGCGAUCAUGGUCGACCGCGUCCCUUUGACGUUGGCCCGGGGACCCGAACCGAUUGCGGCCGGCCCGUCCGCGGAUGGCUGCCCGCGAGAGGAGGCCCCCCGCCAACGCGCCUCCGAGGAACAGCAGCCGGCGGCGGACAAUGCACCUGAGACGGCCAUUGCCAACAUGGCCGACGCUCUUCGGGACACCGGGCAAGGUGUGCGGGAAGUGGGACAGCUUGAAGAGAGCGGCGCCCCCGCUGCCGCCAACCCGCAGAUGAGUUCGGCCGCCGCUGGAACGGAAGGAGUCGCCACAGCUGCGGUGGACAUCGCCGUCGACGCGGACGCAGCGACGGACCCCGAGCCAGCAGCUGCGCGCGAGUGUGUUGUGCACCAACAGGUGGCCGCGGUUUGUGUUUCGGAUUGCGAAGCGGGCGUCGAUCUCGACGCAGAGGAUGCGACCCAGGCAACUUGUGCUCCCGCUACUACGGCGGACAGCGCUUCCGAGUCGACGGUCGGUGAGUUUGCGCCCGGCGGUUCGAAGUCGAACGACUCCGUGAGCGUCGUCGUGGACGCAGUCGUCUCGGCCGCCGUUACGGACUCUGUGUUGGACUCGGUGCUGGAUACCCCCGUUAUGAGAGAAAAAUGCGUUGAUCUCGAAGGCCUCGUAGUUUCUACGCUCGAGAAAUACUUCACGGAAUCGUUCGAAUGUCACGACAGCGGGUCUGACGUGCACCGUGAUGCGCCUUCGAUACGGGACUCGGAGAUUCGUGCCGUUCCGUCAGCUCCGAGCGCGACACCCCCCGCAAGUUCGGAGACGGCGCCUCGGUCGAACGAAGCGAGCGACGCGUCCUGCGACGAGGAAGAAGAAGAAGAAGGCAUGUUCAGCGAUGCGUCGACGUCGUCCGACGACGCGAUGUAUAUUUCGCCUAUGCCCAGACUCAAUCCCGCGCAGUACGGGAACCCGCUGUCCUAUUCUCUGCACACCAUUCUCGAAGAAAGUUGUGAGGAGAGCGAGCGCAGUUCUAGAGCGACGACUCCCAUCACGAAAAACCCGUCUUCAGAAUUAGAAAAAUACUUUAGCUUUGCGAUUGGCAAUGCGUCACUGGAAGAAAUCCACAAAAGGUGGUCCGUGGCUACGAGUGAAGAGUUCAGUGAUUCCGUAUCUGAGACAUCCGGAGUGGAUGACAUCGAGGUAAUGGAUGAGGACCCAGCAGUUCUGGCGUCGUCGAGGCUUGAGAAGUAUUUCACAUCUGGCCUCUUGGGGAAUGGCCUCUUUCACUACCCGGACGAUGCCGAAUACACGGAUGAAAGUGGAGGGGUUAGUAGUGAGGAUGAAGGCAAAAAGUCUGAGGCGAAAGAGGAGGUUACAGAAGACAGCUUGAGGAGUGCUUUUGAAGUUGAGGGUUCAUACAACACCAUCAAAAGAAAGAAAGAAAAUGAUGUUGGCUCAGGUGAUGUGCCAGCAACUGAAGUUGUGGACCUUGGUGCUGUAAAAAAGGACGAGGAUGCAACAAAAAGAGAAAAUGCUGACACAAAGUCAAAUGAACCAACUAACAUUACUAUGAAAAAGGAAGCUGAUGGACUUGAUGUCACCUCAGUAGCAGAUGAUGACAGCCUUUUAGACCAGUCUGACUCUACAGUGAAUCACUCAGACUUCAUGGAAGAGAAACCUUUUGAGGCUUCAAGUACAAAUAUUUCAUUGCCAUUAGCUGAACUUGACAACCUUGAAACAUCAAUCAGUCCAAUCAUGAGGGACGUGCAAGUGGAAAGACAGCCAUCUUUAAUGGAUUCUGCAGGAGAGCUAACAUCAGGAAUCGAAAGCAUGUGUAAUAGCUCGAACAGUGAAGCCACGUUCAAGCCCCACAACUUCCUGAUGGGCAAAAUAAGUGUUGCAACAGAUGAAGACGUUGUGAGCAUCCAUAGCCGCUCUUCCUCCACAGAUGGCUAUUCCGACGAAGAAGCAGCCUACAUUGUGAACAGAGUGAUUGCUCACAUAUCCGGAACAAGUGAUGAAGCGGAGAAGAUGGACGAGAACAUCACCCCCUGGAAGGCCCUCUUGGAGUCCCAGAUAACGCGCUUGAUGCAGACGGUGUCUCCUGCCGCUCUCUCUGGAGAGAGCAGUUGCAGCAGCACCAUUGGGAGCAACAACAGUGACUAUGGAAGUGACACUUUAGAGUCCGGGACUUACUCUUCCACUGAUGAAGAAGGAUCCCCCAAACUGCGACAUCACAAGAAAACUGUCACUCGGGGUUCUGGCAAGCAGCCAGCUUCCAAUGAGGAAGCUGAGAGACACCUUGCAGACAACAUAAGUGGGCACAGCACCGAUUCUACCAUCUCUGAAGAGACCAUGUUCAUCUGUAGGCAACUCAUGCAAUCACUCAAGAUGCUUUCGGAUGAACAUGCUGGUUUAGACCAGAAAAAAGCUUCCCCCAUUAUUUCAGACCACAACCACAAUGACUAUAUGAAGGCUCAGGAAUACAUUCAAGACCAGAUUGUUGCUUUGAUGCAUACUGUUAAUGCCAGCCGUAACGGCUCUCCACUUCGAGAGAGAAGAAACAAACCUUUGGGCGUUACCGGUGGCUCAAGUGAGUGUUCAGAUGUGGACUCUCCUAACCUUUCAGAAAAGAAAAAGAAGAUGGGUAAGAACAAAACUCCAUCAGAGUCGGGAUCAGAGACAAUCUCAACUAGCAUCAGCAUUCCAAGCUAUGACUCUGACCACACUGCUACAGAAUCAGAGAUGUCCAACGAGAUGGAUGAACUGUACAAUCUGCUCGAGUCGUCGGGGGCUGCCCCAGCAGACAACAUCUCUCUAUCAAAGCUCUCCUGCUGUGAUGGAGAAGAGCCAUCAGACCACUUCAUUUUGUCACCCUUCCAAGUUCCAGGCCUCCGGUUGCAUUCAGGACAGGAAGUCUCAUUAAUACCUGCAUGUGAUCCAGCAGUCUCUAAGCUGGAGUUCCUGGAGCCAAGCUGUGACCUUCCACAGUUAAGCACAGUGACAGUGGAAGAAAAGCUAGAGCUUCCUGGUAUGUACAGUAUGGCAAGCGGAGGUGCCGGAAAAUGUGACAGCUCGUCGACUCUAACUACAGGCUCGGAUCUAGACUUCUGUGGGAGCGUUGAAACAGUCUUGGAAGUUUGUCCCAAAGCCGGCGGCAUCUCUCCUGAGCCCAGCGUUUCUCCGACUGGAACCUCUGCCGACAAGUCACGUUCAGAAUCGUCUCUUUACAUUAAGGCACGGAAGGGGCUCAGCCAGCGGAAGCUCGUUGUCACGCGGAGCAGCGACAGCCUUGCACCGUACAAGAAGGCAAGCGGGGAGUCUCGCCUAGCUCUGCAGCUCUUCCGAUCGAGAGGAACAUCGAAAUCCGAACAUUCCAUACCCGACACAACAACCAGCGAAGACAAAGAGGACGUCUCGGAUGCGAAUCGAGCUGCCGAUGGUCUGGCCAAAAGAAUUGGCAGCAAGGAAAAGUCGUCGAGUGAGAACAACCUAUCCCUUGCCACCUUCCCGGACACAGAACGAACAACCUCAAAAUUCUUGGGCACUAAAUCCGUGGGUAACAUUACAGAUCUCGAGGGCAACCCUGGGAAGAGUUCCUGCUUCCGUGACACGGGGUAUUACUCUUUCAAGUCGUCUGAAGAGAGUGUCCUUAGCUUGGAUGACCCUGGCAGUCGGCCACCCUCCGGCUCGCUGACCAAGCAGAAGUCACUCCAGUCGUCCGAAACUAUUCCUGAGGUUGAAGAAGAGCCCGUGCGACCAGCAAGAACGUCGGGGCCUGCUUCGGCCAAAACUAACUCGCUAAGCUCGGGCAGCAUUCCAGACUCUGUGUUCGCCGUGAACAGCGACUGCAAGUCAAGUACGCUUCCGUCGAAUCUGCGCAGCAAAGUUGUUCGACCAACUCCACACUCGUCUUCAAUGGUUUUGAGGCAGCGCCACUUUUCAUCAACUUUUUUUUCUACCUCUGGAGUACUGCGCAAGCUGACGGCGCUUAAAGCAGACGAAAGCAGCGGCUCUCACCGUUCUUCACCUCGCAACCGCUUAAGGGGACGCAAUCGACACUCGUCAGGAGGCAGCGAUGACUCCAACAGACUGCUGCCCACCAUCUCCAUUGUAGGUGCCGAUGAGACCUCAUCCAUGAAGAGCAGUGCAGACAGUACGGACAGAGACAGCAGCCACCGGGACGAAGAACUGGAGCGUCUUUACACCUCCUGCAGCCGCAGCCAGACAAGCUUGUCUUCCAUUGGCGUAAGCGUACGGAGCGAGAGCAUGACAAGCGUCUACAGUGCCGCUGGAGGUGGCCGCUACGGCACGGUGGCCGUCACGGGAGAGGCCCUCUUCGCCAUCGUGUACAACUACAAGUCCGGCCUGCUAGAGGUGCACGUCAAAGAGUGCCGCAACCUGGCCCCCGUCGACACCAAGCGAAAUCGUUCCGACCCGUACGUGAAGGUGUACCUGUUACCGGACAAGACCAAAAGUGGCAAGCGCAAAACCAAAGUGAAGAAGCACACCCUCAACCCUGUGUUUGAAGAGGUGCUGAAGUUCCGGGUGACCAUGAGUGAGCUGCAGGCCCGGACCCUGUGGCUCUCGGUGUGGCACAGCGACAUGUUUGGCCGCAAUGACUUCCUGGGCGAGGUGAUGCUGCCCCUGACCUACGACACCCUCGAGAAGACCGACGUCAAGUGCUACUCUCUACAAGAGAGGUUUGAGUCCCCGGAGACCCCCCUGAGCUACAAGGGGGACCUGGUGUUGGCACUGAAGUACAUGCCUCCAGACGUGACGCACCGCACGUCCAGGCAGGGUCCCAUCCGAGGUUCCCUCCACGUGCUUGUCAAGGAGGCACGCAACCUCAUGGCAACGCGCUCCAACGGCACCUCUGACCCGUUCUGCAAGAGUUACCUGCUGCCAGACCGUACCAAGGGCAGCAAGCAGAAGACCCCCGUGGUGAAGAAGAGCUGCAACCCCAAGUGGAACCACACCUUUGUCUACCCGGACGUGUCGCUGGAGGAACUGAAGGACAGGUGCCUCGAGCUGACCGUCUGGGACUAUGACAAGAUCACCAGCAACGACUUCCUCGGGGGCGUCCGCUUGGGGCUCGGCACGGGAAAACUCUAUGGACGUGACGUGGACUGGAUGGACUCGCAAGGAGAAGAGCUGACUUUGUGGCGCUCCAUGUUGGAGAGGCCUAACCUUUGGAUCGACGGAUCCUUGCUCCUCCGACCCACCCUGCAGUCCAAGCGCUGAGAGGGGUGCAAUCUCGUCUACAGAAGUCCCCACUGAUCCCUAGAGGGGAGCUACUACUGCCAGAAGGAAAAGACUGCCAGCAAUCACUGGGUCCUCGGCGCUGGGAGUGGUCUAGACGAAGGGUUGAGGUACCAAGCUUCCAGUGGCGCCACCAAACGUUUUAGUACCAGGGAGGCAGGGUGGUCGUCUGGUGCCUGAUACGUCGAAGCCAAAGCCACAUGUGUACAUAGUGAAUGAAACUGUGCUCAAGGAUGCAAGGUGUACAUCUAAGCAAGUGCUACAUCAACCCUCUAAGGCAUAUCAAAAAUGGACUGCAUUUAAGUUGGCGUCAAGGAGUGUUUUCUAACCGCUUGAAGAAAUCAUGGUUUCCUCGCUGUUAAAUCUGUACAUACUCUUUCCAGCCUGUUGCACUCUGUUGCACUACGGUUGUUGUUGGCUGUUCAUUCCAUUGCAAUCGAGUUGCUUAUCACGUCACCGCUUAAGACGCCGAUAUGUUGUUGUACCGGCACACUGUGCUUGUGUGGGUAACGCAUGCUGCUAAGGCAAAUUACCUUUCUAAUACAUAUACAUGUGUUUUUUGUUGAUUUGAGGGAAGUGCUUAAAAGCAGCAUGAACUGUUUCUCAUCGUUCGAUAAUUUAUUUUUAUAAAUGCUUCACGUGGACAAAAUUGCUUCUUUUCUUCACAUAUGCCUUCACCACUCGAUACAUUGUGCUGUGUAUGGACAUUAAUUUUUUUUGGACGUCAGCCUUGCGAUGAGUGAACUGUGCUUCUUGUGAUGCUUUGUUCUGACAAGCACUGUUGUAAAUUUAUUUUGGCACUGUACAUAACAGAGUGUAUAAAAUGACCAGAUAUUCUAAAAAGUGUUAUUGCUCACACUUGUUUCUAAUUCACGUGUGGCACGAACAAAGCUGCAGUGUCUCUUGAAGCUUUCCUCAAACAUUUCGGGACAUGUUACUGCACUGUGUCUAAUGUUUCUUUUUCUCAAGAUGACCUUAUUUUAAUAAAAAUUACCUUGUAAUUUUUAAAAA